AUGACCGGCGUGCUCAAACCCGACAUCCAGCGGGCUGCUCAGGACUGCAACACACACAAAAAGCACUCGAUUUUGACGCGAAAACUCAGGACCUACAACAAAGCCGGCAAUGCCUCCUCCUCGACCUCGCUCGCUGGCACCUCUAACCGCAAGGCCAACGCCGGCCUGCCUUACAACGACUCGGGCAUCUCGCCUCACACCCUCGUCGCGCCCUCUCCUAUCGAUCGCACGACGCCCGUCUUAUACACCGGCUGGGAUCCCCCCGAGUCCUGGGGCGUCAUGCGCGCUGACUCCGACGUCGGCCAUGAUCACGCUGUCCAGAAGCAGCCGCAAGCCGCUCCUCGACCCCGGGCGUCCCUCAAGCCCUCGUCGACCUACUACGUUCGCGUCUUUCGCACCGAUGGUACUUUCUCGACCGUCUCUUGUCCUCUUGAUACAACUACGACCGAAUUGCUCGCCAUCCUCGGUCGCAAAUUCUUCCUUCCCUCGGCUGCUCACUACCAGAUCGGCUUCCGGCGGCUCGGAUUACUGCGCAUCCUCAACCCGGAUGAAAAACCGCUCAUGCUCCAGAAACGCAUGCUCGAGCUUUCCGGAUAUACCGACGAGGAUCAGAUCGCUGGUCUCGGACGCGAAGAUCUCGGAUUUCUAUGUCGCUUUCUCUUUAUAGACGCAGUCACUGCCUUGCCCGCUGAUCACGACUCUCUGACCAGCGGACACAAAUACACCCACGUCGACCUCACUCGCAAGAACCUGCUCUCUCUUCCCGAGGCAAUCUACAGACACGCCGGGGAGAUCGUCAAACUCAACCUCUCGAGCAAUCUCUCGCUCGACCUGCCAGAUCAAUUCAUGCAAUCGUGUGUGAACCUGCAGGAGAUCAAGUUUUGCGGAAACGAAAUCACCCAUGUGCCGUCCAGCAUCGUCUUCGCCACCAAGCUCAACUAUCUCGAUGUCUCGAGUAACCGACUUGAAUCGCUCGACGAUUUUCAGUUUGAUAUGCUCGAAGCACUCGUGUCUUUGAAAGCGCAAAACAACUGCCUGUCUCAACUUCCCGCGAGUCUUGUGCAUCUCCACCAUCUCCGAUACCUCAACCUCUCCUUCAACUACCUGUCCAAGUUCCCGAUAGAGGUCUGCAAUCUAGUAACCCUUCUCGAGCUCGAUAUCUCCUUCAACUCCAUAUCCGAGCUGCCACCCGAGAUCGGCCAGCUCUGUGCGCUAGAGACUUUGGCGUUUACCAACAACAAGCUCACCGGCGUCUUGCCGAAUACGUUUGAGAACCUGACCUCGCUCAAGUUCCUCGAUAUUCGAUACAACGACCUGACGAACGUCGACGUGAUCAUGACCCUGCCACGACUCGAAGUCUUUUGCUCGUCGCACAACUCAGUCUCGCGACUUGAGAAACACGCGCGACGGAUGCGGGUCUUGCAUCUAAACCAGAACCCUGUGACAAGGUUCCAGAUCCCGAUGACGAUGGCCACGCUGACAACCCUCAACCUCGCAAACGCAAAGAUGUCGAGUUUCCCGGAUGGAUUGUUUGAUAUGAUUCCGAAUCUCGAGAAACUAGAUCUCGAUAAAAAUCACUUUGGCGCGAUUCCGCCCGAGAUUGGCAAGCUCAAAAGAUUGACAAAGUUCACCUGCGUGGGCAACAGUCUGGCUUCGCUGCCGCCCGAGAUUGGAUCUUUGGUCGAGCUGCGAGAGCUGGACGUGCACAGUAAUUCGCUCAGCAGUCUGCCGUCUGAGAUCUGGCAGCUUGCCAAUCUCGAGAUCCUGAACGUAUCCUCAAACAAUCUCGAGGCAUUCCCGAUCUUUGUCUAUCAUAACAACUCCACGACAGGCUCGGCAUCCGAGACUGGCACUUUGAAAGCGAUCCCGAGCUCAGAAGAAGUAAACGAGUUUGGCGGCAGUGGUAACAGCGGCAGCAGAAGCAGCAGCAGCAGUCGGAGACCGUCGAAUAUUUCAGAGUCAUCGGCCCGCGGCCCGCUAGAGAUGACGAGCAGCAGCAGCGCGUCGCUUCGCAAGACCGGCUUUCCGCCGUCUGAAACCGGCAGUCGCAAGGACUCGACAGUCUCGAGCUCGCGCCUGGCGUAUACGUUUGCGACCAGUCUGAAGUAUCUGUAUCUGGCUGACAACCAGCUGAACGACGAUUGCUUCAAAGAGAUUUCUUUCCUGACAGAGUUGGUGGUGCUCAAUCUUGGAUAUAACUUUCUGAGUGAGAUUCCUCUAGGAUCGAUCGGCCGACUGACGCAGCUUCGCGAGCUGUUUUUGAGCGGUAACAAUCUGACAAACUUGCCGGCCGACGACCUGACGCAGAUGAAGAACCUCAAAAUCUUCCAUUUGAACGCAAACAAGCUUCUGACGAUCCCGAGCGAGCUUGCGGAGAUUCGAGAUCUGCAAGUACUUGACGUGGGCAGCAACUCGCUGAAAUACAACAUUUCGAACUGGCCGUACGACUGGAACUGGAACUUCAACCUGCAGCUCAAGUAUCUGAAUCUUUCGGGAAACAAACGGCUUGAGAUCAAACCCACGCCCAACACGAGAUCCGACCAUGACCUGUCUGAUUUCUCGAGGCUGAAGCGAUUACGCGUGCUGGGACUGAUGGACAUUACGCUGACAAACUCGUCGAUCCCGGACCAGUCCGAAGACCGACGUAUUCGCACGUCCGGAACAGAGGUGCACUCGAUGCCGUACGGAAUGUCGGACACGCUCGGUAAAUUCACGCAUCUGCCGUACAACGACAUGGUGAUUGAGCGGUUCCGGGGUAAAGAGGAAGAAGUGAUAUUCGCGCUGUUUGACGGCAGCCCGAUCGAUCACCAUGGGUCCAAGAUUGCAAAGUACGUGCAGGAGAGGUUUGCGGGCGAGCUCGACAACGAGCUGGCGAGCCUGAGAGAGGGCGAGCAAGUUCCUGCUGCGCUGCGACGGACGUUUUUGUCGCUGAAUAAGCAUCUGGGGACGAUCACGAUGGGCGACAACGAGGAUCAGGAUCGGUCUGCGUUUACGUUUAGUAAUGCGGCCGACGAUCCGACGAUCGGGCCGAAGGAUAUGGAGACGGGCGCGUGCGCUACGGUUGUGUACAUCACGGGCAACAGGCUGUAUAUUGCAAACGUGGGAGACGUACGGGCGAUUCUGUCGCGGACGGAUCGCGAGUUUAGAGUGCUGACGAAGAAGCACGAGCCUGCGUUUUCGCCCGAGAUUGACCGGAUCCGAGAAGCAGGCGGGUUUGUGUCGCAGACGGGCCGGUUGAAUGGCGAGGUUGAAGUGUCAAGAUCGUUUGGGUACUUUAAUCUUGUGCCGUGUGUGCAGGCUGCGCCGUCGAUUGUGGAGUGCGAGUUGUUGGAUAUCGACGACAUGCUGAUUAUCGCGAGCCGGAAUCUGUGGGAGUACAUGGACAACCAGACCGCUGUCGACGUGGCGGCCUCGGAGCGCGAUGACCCGAUGCGGGCGGCGCAGAAGUUGCGUGAUCUGGCGAUUGCGUACGGGUGCACGGAGAAGAUUGUUGUGAUGUGUGUUGCGGUGGGCGAUUCGGGAAAGAGUAAGCAACAGCUGCUGCAGCGGCAGCGAGCGGGUAUGCAGGGAGCGUCGCUGGGGUCGUUUUCAGCGGUCGAUGACGACGAUUUGUUUCCGCAAUUGAAGCGACGGCGCGCGCGCAACUAUCCGGAAGAUGCCGAACUGGCGAGACUAGGAGAUGAGGUGUCACCCCCAGUUGGAGAGCUUGCGAUGGUGUUUACGGACAUCAAGAACUCCACGCUGCUGUGGGAGACGUCGCCGGUAGCGAUGGGGUCUGCGAUCAAGAUACACAAUGCGAUUAUGCGACGCCAGCUACGGAUUGUGGGAGGCUACGAGGUGAAGAACGAAGGCGACGCGUUUAUGGUUUGCUUUUCUACGGCAGCGGCGGCGAUGGUGUGGGCGUUUGGAGUUCAGAGUCAGCUUCUGGUCGCGCCAUGGCCGUCCGAGAUCACGGACAGUGUUGACGGCGCGGAGGUUGUGGACGAAGAAAACACGCUGAUCUAUCGCGGGCUGUCGGUGCGGAUGGGGAUACACUGGGGCUCGCCGGUGUGCGAGCGGGAUCCGAUCACUCGGCGGAUGGACUAUUUUGGGCCGAUGGUGAACCGGGCGGCGCGGAUUUCGACGGUGGCAGACGGAGGGCGGAUCGCGGUGAGUCUUGACUUUGUGACGGAGAUAAAGAGGUUAGAGGAUGCGUAUAAGGAAGCGGAGGGGGACAUUGAGCGGCUGGCGGGGAUAAUUGGGGAUGACAUGCUUGCGCGGGCGAUAGACCGUGAUCUGAAGCUGCUGCAUGGGUAUGGAUGGGUGAUGGAGACUGUGGGUGAGAUGAAGUUGAAGGGGCUGGAGAACACGGAGUUGAUUUCGAUGAUUUACCCAAAGAGUUUAGCGGCGCGGAUGAAGAUCGACGUGCCGGACAAUUCGGGGGCGAGCCGAAGUUCGGUUACGACGACUGCGACGGCGACGGCGAACGGGAAUGCGGCGAGCAAUGCGCUGACGACGCGGGAGAACCCGGUGUAUGCGACGGUGAUUUCGCUGCGGAAUAUUACGCUGCGGCUGGAGAAGCUGUGCUCGUACCUGAACGGCGGGUCGCUUGUGGAUGAGUCGUGGGCUAAGUUUGAGGUACUUGCGCAGGAGGUGUCUGAGUUGGGGACGCGGGAGGAUGCGCUGGCUGCUUAUUUAGAGCACUCGAUUACGCGAUUGGAGGUGAGUUAUAUCUGUUUAUAUGAUCAUGUUAUGGUUAUGAGGAGAAUGAAGAAGGAGAAGGAGAAGGACGGCUAA